ACACCCUCCCUCCUCGCCUCCCUACGAUCGCGUCCAAAAGAUGCCCUCUCCACCCCAGCAAAUACGCCCAAAAGGCCCUCUCUCGUCAAAAUCACGCCAAUCACCACGCCUUCUCACCCAGCAAAUGGACAGCACGGACUCUUCGCGAGCAGAGAUCUGAAACCAGGGACUUUCAUCUUGCAAUACUUGGGCGAAAUCCAUGCUGCGGUGGGAAGGGGAGAGCAUGGAGAGCAUGGAGAAGAGAAGGACCCGCACGCUGAUUCGGACUAUGAUUUGAGUCUUGAUAGGGAGAUGGGGAUUGGUAUUGAUGCAGAUAGGAAGGGGAAUGAGGCGAGGUUUAUCAAUGAUUACAGAGGGAUCGCCGAGAAGCCGAAUGCGGAGUUUAAGGAGUUGUGGGAUGAGAAGAGCGGAGAGAGGGGCAUGGGUGUUUGGGUUCUGCCUGAGGGCAGGAGUGGGAAGGGGAAGGGGAUUAGGAAGGGUGAGGAGAUUUUGGUGAGUUAUGGAAGGGGGUUUUGGGGGGCGAGGAGG